CUCCCCCCUCCUCUCUCUCUCUCUGUCCAAUAAACCUCCUCUCGGUCGUCUUUUAUAAGAAGCGAACGAGGUGUCCGUUUUGCGAUAGGCUGAACCAAAAAGAUGUUGGGAUCCGAGGAGAUGCCGGGGAGCAUAAGCUGGGGAGUAGUAGGUCUCCUAUUGCUAUUGGCGGCAUGGGCCGUGAGGGCUUUGGAGUGGGCGUGGUGGAGGCCUCGGCGGCUGGACCGCGUUCUCCGGGAUCAGGGUAUCAAGGGUACCCACUAUCGAUUCCCCUACGGAGACCUCAAGGACCUGGACCGGGUCUCCAAGGAGGCCCGAUCCAAGCCUAUGCCUCUCACUCACUGCAUCGUCCCUCGCGUCCUUCCAUUCCACCACCAGCUCAUCAACGAUCACGAAAAGGAAGCUUGUGGAUUUAUCAGUAACAGCUUCGGAUUUUUGAGGAGUAUAUGUAUGAACCAAUCUAAACAAUAUAAGGUAAAAUAUCAUUCAUGUGGAUUGGGCCUUAUCCUCGAGUAAUGCUUUACGAUCCAGAACUGGUAAGGGAGGUCCUGUCAGGCAAGUUCGGUCACUUCGAGAAGCAGAAGGCAAACCCAUUGGUGAGGUUACUGGUUACAGGAGUUCUAAGUUAUGGAGGUGAAAAAUGGGCCAAACACAGAAGGAUCAUCAAGCCUGCUUUUCAUCUAGAGAAAUUGAAGUGCAUGUUACCAGCCUUCUAUACUUGUUGUGAUGAGCUGAUCAAAAGAUGGGAUAUGCACAUUGGUUUGCAAGGAUCUUGUGAAUUGGAUGUUUGGCCUGAAUUCCAUGGGCUUACCGGAGACGUCAUCUCUCGGGCAGCAUUUGGUAGCAGCUUCAAAGAAGGCCGGUGGAUAUUUCAACUCCUAGAAGAGCAAGCGGAGCUUGCUAGUCAAGUUGUCCGAAAUAUAUACAUCCCUGGUUAUAGGUUUAUUCCCACCAAGAAGAACAAACGUAUGAAAGAAAUUCAUAGAGAGAUUCGGGAUCUUUUGUCUAAAAUGAUUGAGCAGAGAGAGAGGGGCGUGACAAAGGCAGGAACUACCAAUGAUGACUUACUAGGGUUGCUAAUGGAAUCAAAUUUUAGAUACUCCCAAGAACAAGGAGACACCAAGAACACUGGGAUGACCAAGGAUGACGUGAUCGAGGAAUGCAAGUUGUUCUACUUUGCGGGGCACGAAACGACAAGAGUUCUCCUAACUUGGACCAUGGUUGUCCUAGGCAUGCAUCCUAGCUGGCAGGCUCGUGCAAGAGAAGAGGUUCUACAAAUCUUUGGAAAAAAUAAGCCAGACUUUGAUGGCUUAAAUCAAUUAAAGAUCGUGACUAUGAUUUUGUAUGAGGUUCUUAGAUUAUAUCCACCACUGUUUUUUGUCAUACGCAAAACCUACAAGAAAAUGGAACUGGGAGAUUUCUCCUUCCCCCCGGGAGUGCAACUCUUGCUGCCCAUACUCUUCUUACACCACGAUCCAGAAUAUUGGGGUGAAGAUGCCAGUGAAUUCAAUCCAGAGAGGUUCGCGAGAGGAGUUUCAAAGGCAUCAAAGAUUCAAGGAGCCUUCCUUCCGUUCAGUUGGGGUCCUCGAAUUUGUAUUGGGCAAGGCUUCGCCAUGAGGGAAGCUCAGAUGGCUUUGGCCAUGAUUCUUAAGAAUUUCUCAUUCGAGCCUUCACCAUCGUAUGCCCAUUCUCCUUACACCAUAUUUACUAUUCGUCCCCAACAUGGUGCUCAGAUCAUCUUGCGUAGGCUCUGAAAUCAUUUUAGCAUCGAGGUUACAGACACCAUUGCUAAUGUCGUCAAAAUAAAUGUUAUGUUCAAAACUCAUUGUAUUAUCGUUCUUUCAUGGGAUGUUUAUCCAUUUGCAGUGUUAAACUAUGCAUCUUAAUGUGGA